GGUAAUUUGACUGACAACGGGAUUUGCAGACUGUUCAAAAAUACCAGUUGACAGCCAGGACCAGCGCCAAUCCCCAUCACAAUAGAGCAGAGUCGCAAUGGCAAUCUCUCGGCGGGUUCUUUCAAUGACCUUUUUUGCGACGCGACGCAGUUGUCCGCAGGCCUCAUACUAUCUUCCACUUGCGCAGUCCUCCACUUCCUGCGCCUGUCGCCACCCAGCGUCUUUACAAGUAUCAACGUUUUCCAAGAAUAAUGUCCUUCACUCGAGACUAGGGCGACCUUCACUUUCCUUACGAGCCUUUUCUUCCACACAUUUGACAAACUCAUCGUCACCGUUUCGAUUAAGUUCCACUGAGAGACAUGGCAACACAAGAGAUGCACCAUCUCCACAUGGGAAAUAUGCUGAAGAUCUCCCUGUAGAGGAGGAGGAGGAGUAUUACAGCCCGCACCAGCCCAAGAGGCAAUGGCCACCGAACAUGUCCAAACUUUCGCCAAAGCACCAACUCCGACUAGAGCGCAAAUACAGACGUCGAGCAGCACUCAAGUAUGCACGGCCAAGAUGGGUGAAGGCUACGAAGCUCAUUCAAUGGGGUGUUAUUAUCUUCGUUGUUAUAUACUCAGUGCUCUUUAUGAAAUGGGACAAAGAAGGUGAAGAGCAUCCUUUUGAGAAUUUCCGCAAAGAGUUCUUCGGCAUGUUCAACUCCAUCAUCUCGACUCCUAAACCGCCAGGCAGGAAAACGGAUAACCAAGAAUCAAAAUAAUGGCGAUACAUAAUAUCAAUUGGGAACAAGCACUUGUGGGAUUGUGAUUGUGAUUGUUAGAGCGCCAGCAUCUACCAUGUAAACCAACACCGUCACUAUACUAAUAGCCACAUACAUACCAAGGUCCAGCGCAAGCGCCGGACUUCUUGUGACAGACAAGAUGCUCCUAAGCUCCCUUAGAUCGUAACGGUGUCGCUCUCUCCAUUUACCGAGAUGCUUUCACAUGCUUCGCGUUCCCGAAUCCGCAUCGAGA